AUGUCGGCCUUCCGCCUCUGCGUCUCAUCAGGGGGCCGCCACGUCGACCUCUGUAUCGUAGUUUCAUCAGGGGGCCCCCACGUCGACCUCUGUAUCGUAGUCUCAUCAGGGGGCCCCCACGUCGACCUCUGUAUCGUAGUCUCAUCAGGGGGCCCCCACGUCGACCUCUGUAUCGUAGUCUCAUCAGGGGGCCCCCACGUCGACCUCUGUAUCGUAGUUUCAUCAGGGGGCCCCCACGUCGACCUCUGUAUCAUAGUCUCAUCAGGGGGCCCCCACGUCAACCUCUGUAUCGUAGUCUCAUCAGGGGGCCCCCACGUCAACCUCUGUAUCGUAGUCUCAUCAGGGGGCCCCCACGUCAACCUCUGUAUCGUAGUCUCAUCAGUGUCGGGGAUUAGGUCCUGGUCCCGGGUGACCAGUAUGACCUGUAAGGCCGAGUCAUUGAAUAAUAAUUAUUCAUCAAAAAUCAGGAUAGGAGCUGACGGGGUGUUUGAAGAUGACCGGCAUGUUCUGGUGGAGGAACAGAAGUCUUGCAGGGCCCGAGCUCGCUGCUUCUCCCUGGAAACCAACCGACGAAGGAAGGUUCUGGAGGAGAGGAGGGAGCGGUGGGACAUCCAGGAACAGAGGCUGAGGGAAAGCAUCCUACAGCAACGUAAACAGAGAGUCCAGGAUGCUACCGAACGCUUCCAGAGGGCACAUCUGCCCCCCUCACAGAGACGCAGACAAUCUUUCAGGAAGAGCGCGCUUAAUAUCGAGGAGGCACUUAAUCACAUACAAGGCACCAUGACUUCCUACACCAGACAAUCUCCCGACAGGAGCUGCACUUCAUCCCCUAAGCCUCCUCCGACACCCAGCCCGUCGCUCCACCAGGGGACCCGGUCUGCCCUGGAGGCCUACAGCAAACUGAUGCAGGACAGAACCUUCAGCAGCUUCAAGAACAGGCUACUAUUCCUCAGCCAGCUCCAGGAGACACAGCUGAGGGACAGGGACGAUCUGCAGGACACACAGCCGAGGGAGAGGGACGAACUGCAGGAGACACAGCUGAGGGAGAGGGACGAACUGCAGGGGACACAGCUGAGGGACAGGGACGAUCUGCAGGACACACAGCCGAGGGAGAGGGACGAACUGCAGGAGACACAGCUGAGGGACAGGGACGGACUGCAGGGGACACAGCUGAGGGACAGGGACGAGCUGCAGGACACACAGCCGAGGGAGAGGGAAAGUCAUCUGAGGGGGGACCACAGAGUCUCGGGGGUCGUAGCGUGCUCCAAGGCUUCUACCCCAGACAGAACACUGCUAGACUUCACCUCUUGUCUGAUCCCAGAGGGAAAGUUAGAAUUUAGGCAGCAGGUGAGAGACCCGGAGGACAAGUAUUCCAAACAACCGUUGGCGACACAGGUCCUUCUGCCUGGGAAAACUUGCAGCCACAAAGACCUUCUGUGUGAAGCCCCCUCCUCAAACCCUGAUCAUAUCCUCAGUUAUAACACUAAAAGUAGCUCAGGGAUCCGAGACACGGCCAACAUUCAGCCAACAAAAAGCACACAACGCCAGUCACAUGGGAGCAAACCCAGUGUAGAAGAUGCCAUGAACAACCUCAACAAAGGGACCAACUCUGAGCCCAAAGCAAGGACAAACUCUGAGCCCAAAGCAAGGACCAACUCUGAGCCCAAAGCAAGGACCAACUCUGAGCCCAAAGCAAGGACCAACUCUGAGCCCAAAGCAAGGACCAACUCUGAGCCCAAAGCCGAGAGGUCUAAGAACACAGACCCUCUCAUUCAGACAUUGGGUCAUUGUAAUAUCAGGUCUGACCUCCCUAAAGGUCUAAAGAGCCUGCAGGUGGAAAUAACACCAACACACCUCCCAGAUACACCUCCAUCUCCUCCACCUGUAGCUGUUGUCAGCACAGCCACAGAUCAUAAAGGCACUGAAGUCCGAUGUACAAAGGGAAUUCUUAAAAAACAAUCAAAAUACGGCGUGUCGGGAGGAAACGCUUGUUCUAGUAUGUAUAACGCCAGGCAUUUAAUAUUCACCAAACAAUUCACCAUGUCCAUCAGAGAUAGUGUGGAACUGACCAGAAGGAAAGGCAAGGAUGCAGACAAGAUGAUCAAAAAGAAGGUACGCUGGUUUGACGAGGUAAAUCUGGAGGAAGAGGAGGAGAUGGAACGGAGUCCUAUAACAAACAACAAGUGUGUUUCUGAGUAUCCACUACCUCCACAUAAACACUCAGCAUCAUCAGACCACCAACAGGGUCAGGGCCAGACGGUGGCCACCAACACCCCUCUGGCCUCCACCGGCUAUCACUUUACCAAGCAGGCCUGGGCAGAUGUCAGGGUCCAGGAGAGCAGGCUGCAGGGGCACCAGGGGAUCCAGGAGAGAGGCCAGGAGGCCAGGGAGACAAGAGUGCAAGCCAGGGAGGUCAAGGUCCAGCGGGGGAGCAGUGGGAGAACCGUGUGCCCCAGAGUCCCCAGGAGAGUGAGAUCUGCCAGGGCAGGGAUGGAUCCUGUUUCGUCCCGCUCCAGAAAAGGCACGGUCAUCAGACCCCAAUCUGCUACGGAGGCCAGCAGCCACGUGGCCUGGGUGACCCACGGGAAGGUCAUGGUGCCUCGUCCCCCGCCCCGCACUGAAUCCAUGGAACCAAAAACACACACAAGAGAGACGGAUGCUGUAGUAUCAUACACCACCAAGACUCCUUACAACAUGGAUCAGUCUAACUCUGCUGCUACUAAAGCAGGGAUUCCUGUAGAUGAGGCUUUGUGUAAUAAUAACACCCUGGACAGCUUUGCCCUGUCCCAGACCCGUACACAUGUCAUUAGGGCAGAUAGCAGCGUUAUUUCCAACGCAUCCAAGGCCACCCCCAUGUCAGGCCAGCAGGACGCCCAGGGAGAGGCUGCCAGAUGGGGGCUUCUGUACCAUGAGAAUGGCCUCUGUCUGGACCGUACUCCCACAGACGAGGAGAUCUCCCAGCUCUGGCAUGGAGUCCGUAGUGCCUUAGCCACCAAGGACGGAACCUCUGACUUGUGUUUUGUCUCUUUAGGUGACCCUAUAACUGUCCUGCCUCCAGCACGUGCCAACCUGUCUCGCGUUACUAUCAACGGGGACAGCCUGAUCAAUGGAGUUAAAGCCAUCACCACGAUGGGAGACUUCUUCCUCUCCCCAACCAAUGUCAGGAGCGUGGUGAGGAGACAACCCCAGGAGAGUCGUGGUAGUGGGGCCAGGAGGAGAGGAACAACUGGCUCAGGGAACAGAAGGCCUCCUCUACCCUCCCAGUCCCAGGCCAUGGUGCUGAUAACACCAUUACACAGCAAACAUGACCUGACACAUCAACAUGAAGAGUAUGCAGAAGUGAAGGCCCACAGUGAAGGCCUGCUGACAGACAGUGAUAUAGUGGUUGCCAAGGAGACGGUGCCAUCCCAGAGGCUAGAGCCAGGUGGAGGUCAAGACCAGGGGCACCUAGUCCAGGGGCACCUAGUCCAGGGGCACCAAGCCCGGGGGCACCUAGUCCAGGCCCAAGAGCAGGGCCAGGUCUCCACCAUCACCACCGUCUCCCUGGAGGAGCAGAAAGUGCUGCUGUCACUGAAUCGACUCAAUCGUCGGCUGCAAUAUGUGAGGGCCACAGCUGGAGGCAGCCCUGCAGAUAACGCUUUCCUACGUGGUGAAGCUCCCUUUACAGAGGAAGGGACGGGUGCUGCCCACCGUAAACACCGCACGGUCUCCACCGACAACCGUCCGAGAACCCAGAGGAGAUUAUGACACAACGGUCCAAUAUGGCCGCCUGAAUGUCACUCUGUCAGCUUGUGCUUCACUCCAACCUUAUACACUGCUGUUUAACAAAAACCCUCCCCGAGUUUCAGCUCCACCACUAACUCUCUCUGCUGGGCUGAAGACUUCACAACCCGGGACUGUGAAUAAGUCCAUUAUCAAAUUACAGUACUUAUAUUGACUUAUUUACACAUUAUAUAUCAGUCUUAUAUACAGCCAGGCUUUGCUAUUUGGUUUUGGACUUUAAUUGAUAGAGAUUAUUUUUGUAUGAAAUAAAUAUAUUUCUUUUCCCGAAAAAUUGUGCGGUGUGUGUAUAUAUUGUACACAAUGAUUGUACACAAUGUAUUGUGUAUCGUAUUGGUAUCAUUGUAUUGUACACAAUGAUACCAAUAGGAUUGUAUACUGAUGUGUGUCAGUGUGUAAACUAAUCUUGAUAAUGAUAAAGCAAAAUAAAGUCAUU